UGUGACGUUUGUGGUGUGUAGGAAAAGAAAAUAUUAUUUUCCAAGCAUCUCGGUAGAAUUGCCGUAAACACAUUUCUGCUAUGGCAGGCGUUAUUAAAAAGGCUACCGGUUUGACUGGCAUGCACGUUGCCAAGAAUCCGCACCACACGUUGACGGCAUUGUACAAUAAGAUACUGCGUGCUGUCUCCAAGAUGCCUCAGGAUGCUGGCUAUCGACGAUACACCGAACAGAUCGUAUCGGAACGUGCCAAGAUAGUAGCAACGACUCCAAACGUUCUUGAAAUUGAGCAAAAGAUCAACUGCGGCCAGGUGGAAGAGUUGAUCCUACAGGCAGAAAACGAACUAAUACUCGCGCGUAAGAUGCUGGGAUGGAAACCAUGGGAACCGUUGGUCAAGCAGGCGCCAGCCACCCAGUGGGCCUGGCCUCCAGCAAAUCUGCCCGAGUUGAAGUAAACAUCAUUGUUAUCGUAAAAAUGUCCUUCGUUUUCCCCACCCAAAUCCACAGAGAAGCACUUGUAGGCAAUGUAACCGGUCGCAUUUAAUGUGAACAAUAAAAUCAACACGUGCGACCAAUGA